GGGCAGAGUAUUUUUGACAACCGGAAGCAGGAAGUGUACAGAAGAAGGAAGUUCAAGUUUUGUGUUUGUUUUCUACAUAAAUUCAGAGUUUUAUAAAAGAAGAGAUGUGGAAAGCCCAGGCUGGUGUGAAGGUUGCAGCUCCAACAACAAAUGCUGAUGAUGAUGACUGGGAGACUGAUGCAGACUUUGUGAAUGAUAUAAGUGAGGAGGAGCAAAGAUGGGGCGCCAAGACUGUGGAAGGAUCUGGCAGACAGGCUUCUAUCAGUUUGAAGGAGCUACGAGAGAAUGUUCGUAAGGACGAUGCCAAGGACAAACAGCACCAACUUGAGAGUGGCCCCAAGGCUUCCUAUGGAUAUGGGGGAAAGUUUGGGGUACAGCAAGACAGGAUGGACAAGUCAGCAGUAGGCAGUGAAUAUCAAGCAGAUCUAUCAAAACACGCGAGCCAGACAGACGCAGCUAAAGGGUUUGGAGGAAAGUUUGGCGUGCAGCAGGACAGGAAGGAUAAGGCUGCUGUUGGGUUCGAGUAUAAGGGAGAGACAGAAAAGCAUGCAUCACAAAAAGAUUAUUCAACGGGUUUUGGUGGGAAGUACGGUGUACAGAAAGACAGGAAGGACGCCUCGGCCGUGGGCUGGGAGCACAAGGAGGAGCUGGGAAAACAUGAGUCCCAGAAAGAUUAUUCGAAGGGUUUUGGUGGUAAAUACGGCAUACAGAAGGAGAACAUGGACAAAGCUGCCGUCGGCUGGGACCAUCAGGAAAAGAUGGCGAAACACGAAUCUCAGAAAGACUAUUCCAAGGGUUUUGGUGGUAAAUAUGGGGUGGAAAAAGAAAAGAUGGAUCAGUCAGCUGUGGGCUGGGAAUAUCAGGAGAAAGUGAGCAAACAUGAGUCCCAGACAGACUACUCGAAGGGUUUUGGUGGCAAAUAUGGUGUACAGACGGACAGGAAAGACGCAUCUGCGGUGGGCUGGGACCACCAGGAGAAACUGGAACAACAUGAAAGUCAGACAGACCACUCCAAGGGGUUCGGCGGUAAAUACGGUGUUCAGACAGACAGGAAGGACGCAUCAGCUGUUGGCUACAGUCACCAAGAAAAACUAGAGAAACACGAAAGCCAAACAGAUUAUUCCAAGGGCUUUGGAGGGAAAUAUGGAGUACAAACAGACAGGAAAGAUGAGUCUGCGGGUUCAUUUAAUGACAUGAAGGGAGUCUCGUCAUCGUACCAGAAAACCAAGGCAGAUGCAAGUUCCGAGGGUGCUAAGAACCUGAAGGCUCGGUUUGAGAACAUUGCUCGGUCACAGGAGGAAGAUGCGCGCAAGCAGGCACAGCAGGUGAAGCAGGGACGGAAGGCUGUCGAGGACGCCGAGAAGAAUGAACAACAACAACAGCAAAAGGCGAGAUUAGAUUCUGAGAGAUGGGAAGAGAAACAACAACAGGAGCAGCAGCAGCAGCAGCAACAAGAGGAGGAGGAAGAAGAACCACCAACAUAUGGCGGAUAUGAGGAUGAGGCUGUGGAUGAGGGUCCCACUCACCAGCAAGUAGAACCAGAACAACCUGCAUACGAGGAAGAGGAAGAACCACAACAGUAUGAGGCCCAGCCAGGGGAGGGUGCAGCCGACCAAGAAGAGGAAGAGGAGGAGACUACAGCUGUCGACCAUCAAUCAGCAGAGACCGGGGCUUCCAGCACCACUGCUAUAGCGCUUUACGACUACCAAGCUACUGCAGAUGAUGAACUCGGCUUUGAUCCUGACGAUGUGAUAACAAAUAUUGAAAUGAUUGAUGACGGCUGGUGGCGUGGGGAAUGUCACGGACGGACGGGUCUGUUUCCCGCCAAUUAUGUGGAGCUCCAACAGUGAUAACCAUUUUCAGGAAAACCCUUUCCCCACCAACUAAUUCAAACACCAGAGGAAAUAUAUCUGCAAGAUGACUGUCUUCUGUGCUUGCAGGAGACAAUGUUGUACUAGAUAUUUCUAUAUCAGGCCUAAAAACAUCUACAUGCAGUCUAGACUUUCGCUAACUGUGCGCAGCUACAUUUUAUGUGAUUAUAUCUGAAUUAAAAGUGUCUUCAAGCUAGUGCUACAAAAUAUGAAUGAAUAAGUGAUUAUAUUUUUCUUACAAGAUUAAGAGAUAAUAAUUAUAGAAAAUAAUAAUACCGUGAAAAAUUGUUCUAAUUGUAUCAUAAUUUGUAAGUUGUUACUGUCACUUGUUAAUCUUUUUUUUCAUAAUUUUUCUAACUAUAAGGGACAUGGAAUGUUCUUUAAAUUUCAAAGUGUUUAAUUUUUACCAAGUUAUGUAUCCAUGUUGGUGUUUGUGUUUUAUGAUGACGCAACUAGUGAAAAAUGUGUGACACAAAUUCGCUUGCUGUUACCAAAUUGACAAUACUGCCUUUCAAAUGUUCAUAUAGAGUAUAUGAUUUCCUUCUUAUGUAAGCACACCUUAAAAUAGAACAAUUGUGUAUAAGUCUGUGAUAUAACUGGCUAAUUGAAAUGUUUGAUUUAGCUAACAUUCAUUUAAUGAUCAUUUGUUUGAGAUGUUAGUUGCUUUAGGUGUAUAACAUAAUGUAACUUUCUCCUCAUAUAGGAAAACAGCUCAAUGUUGCUUCAACUAUCUUUUCAAUGACUGUUUGUCUUAAAGUUAGGCUUUUCUGUUCCGCAGAUUUUCUGAGAAAAUAUUAAAGUAUUCCUUAGCCUAACUGGACACCCAUAUUUGUUUCCACGACCUGAAUAUGAGCUUGAGGCCCCAGCUCUCUGGUCAUAUUAGUUUUUAAAGCGAUACUCUCACUGAUUGACCGAUUUGACAACUUUUUCAUUUUUUGUCUCAGAUUCAGCUGAUUUUGGCAUCAGUGUUUACAAAUCAAUCAUUUAGGAUAAUACACAUUAGAAAAUAUUUCAAUUGUUUAGAAAUAUGCCCAUUUUUUGGAUUUUUCCUAAAGUAUAAGUAAUGCUUUUAGCCAUAAAACAUCAAAUUUUGAGCGUAAAUAUUAAAAACUGUGAUCUGAUCUUUUAUCAGCAGUCAUAUAUCACAGGUUUUAAGAUAUUUAUGCAAAAUUUGGCUUAUUCCAAGACAAAAAAAUAAAAAAGUCAAAAUGGUCAAUCUGUAAGAGUGCAGCUUGAUUAUCUGAGAAGAAAAAAAUGACCAAGUGUUGGCAUGCACAGUCAGUGCUCUUUCUUUUGUUUUGUUUGACAAAUGUGGUUGAAUAACACCUUACAAUGUUAUCACUCAUUUCAUUGAUAAUCUAAAAUAAUUGAUUGCUUGUACUGCAAUCUUUCUCUCUACAUUUUAUGCAAAUGGUGUUUACAUUCCCUGAAGGCAUUUUAUAGAGUUUGAUAUUACAUGUAUAUUUUUAAUCAAACGUAUGGCUUUAAAAUGUAUGAAGGUUGCUAUGAUUUGUAGUAAUAAAUAAUGAUUUACAUGAUUGUGUAAGAAAACUGUAUGUUCAUAUAUUAUAUGAAAUCAUUAGCAUCCAGGAAUUCUGCCAUUUGAAUCAUUAUUUAACAUAUUUUGCCAUGGAAACUAUUAAACAAUUUUAUACAUG